AUGGGCCUCCUAAAGACUGUUGCGUGUGUGAUUUUGGGAAUUUCUGCAUUUGUCUUCAUCGCCUUGUUCGGAAGACUACCUGCAUUUCGAAAAACCCCAAUUGGUUUCCUCCACAGGGCCAUAUGUAUCUACCUCCCAAAUGGCAUUGUCUCGAUUGAUUCCUACAUCCUGGGUGGUCGAAUCACUGCCUGUUGGUCUCGAUCUGGGAAUUAUUUGUUGCAUGAGAACCAUCCCCUUAUCCUGAUCUUCUUUGCCUCCCUGUUAGUGGCAGGCGAAUGCGCAUUCAUCCCUAGUGCAUGGGCUAGGCUAUCUUUGACCCACCGACUGUGUGUGCCUGUUGUUGCGAUCGCACCAUACAUUCUACUCUAUCUGUCUGUUGUCACCAAGCCUUUUAUCACACCAAAGAAUCACGCAGAAGAAUUGGAGCGAUAUCCUUAUGAUCAUGUCAUCUUCCAUCCCGGACAUCAGUGUCGAACCUGUCACUUUAUCAAGCCGGCUCGAAGCAAGCACUGCAGUUUCUGUAAAGCAUGCGUUUCUCGACAUGACCACCACUGCGCCUGGCUGACAAACUGCGUUGGAGCCAAUAACUACCAGUAUUUCCUUUCAUUGAUCUUCUCGCUCUGCGUCAUGCUCAUAUACGGCUCAUUGCUGGGCUACUCCCUAUUGUGCCAAACAUGGGAGAGUUUAGUGCCGGCACGCUCACCAUUGCGGACGUCGAAACAGAGUUGGAUCACAUUUUUCAAUGUCUGGUCAUAUGUGAUAUCACUCGAUAUCCGAGUCGGCGCUGUUUCAUUGUUGAUGUUCUUGACAACCCCUCUGGCACUGGCCUUUCUGGUGUACCACAUCUACCUCAUCUGGGCCGGUACAACGACUAAUGAGAGUGCAAAGUGGUCAGACUGGAAGGAAGAUAUUGACGACGGACUUGUGUUCAGGUCUACCAAAGCCGAGAUCUAUGGUAGCUCUCCUUUGGUGGGCGAGUACCGAAAGCCGCAGUCCUGGCCGGUGAGCAGCGACCAGGUCCUCGUGCUUACGGACGGUGAGCCUCCUAGAGAAGGAUGCAAGCUCCGCCCCAACUCCAACGAAAUAUACCAGCCGAGGAAGCCCGAUGCCGCCAUCGACCCGCGAUGGAUCCGCGUGCGCAAUAUCAGCGAGGUCGACAAUAUCUACGAUCUCGGGUUCUGGAACAAUUUACGCCAUGCUUUCGGCUGGCCUAUCAGCCGAAAGUUAGCGCAUGACUAG